CAGCCCACAGCCCCAGAUAUUACAAAAUGCCAGGGUCAUGCAUGGAGGACUGCUGUUUCCUCAUUUCUAGCACACUUUAUAGAAGAUACCAGUGGCAGUCUAUGUCUUGAGUGACCUAAAAUGGAGCACCGUGACAGCUUUAAAAAUAUCCAAUCAAAAUUUCAGCGGGAGCUUGGAGAAAAUCCUGGUGCUAGGCCUAUUACGCAUCCACGAACUGGAGCCAAGCCUGUUAUACCAGCAAAACCAAAUCUUCAGCUUGCAAAUGACCGAUUUUUCCAGAAGCCAGUACCUAAAGCGAUAUCUUCUCCAGAAUUAGCAAAUUCACCCAAGAGUGACCCUUUCAAGACUGCAGGGAAUCAUCUACAAUCACAUCAAAGUUUCUCAUUUCGAAGUAACUCUUCAAGCCAUCAAGAAACAUCUUUAAAAAGGCCUUCAUUGCCUGUUAUUAAACCUUUACCGGUACCAAAGCCAUCUGUGAACUUUUCACAUUAUUCAAAUACUGCAAAUAUUCAUGCUAAUGCGGUAACAACUAAUAAGGCAAAAUUUGAAAAGUCCAGCGCCCCAAGGUUAAAAGUUUUGCCAAGUGAAGCUGUUCUGGGGCUCAAGCCAAGGAAACCAGCUCGCCCUCCAAUUGUAGACCUGGAGAAAUUUACAAGCUCAGACAUGGACUCUGGUGGUGAUUAUGUCACAAUGAAAAGUUUUGCAGCUCCACACCAACGACAAGCACGGUUAACCUCUUCACAGUCUCAGCCUAAUCUCACCACUUGCUAUCCAACACAUAAUAUUCGUAUUCGGAGUUCACUCAGAGAAAAGCAAGAAAUAUAUGAAGAUGUUACAGAUUUGAGCUCAUUUAAGAAAUCAAAAUCAACCUCCUUACAACACGUUGUGAUUUCAGAAACUAGCGGACAAGAUGACCUGUAUGAUGAUGCUGAACUGAUCCUGGAGAAAAGUAAACCACCAUUACCACCAGUAAAAAGGACAAGCCGUCCAGUGGAGCAAGAUGUUUUAAUUACUAACUGGAGGAAUGAAACCAACCUGAAAAAAAAUAAAAAACAGGAGCAAGAGUUUAGAAAAAAAUUUCAAGUAAGUUUCUUCAUUAUUAUAUUGUAUUCCUUCACCUGAAUAUUGCACUUUUAU